CUUGAGCCUUUUUUUUUUUUUUUUUUUUUUAAUAAUAAUAUUCUAUCACCUCUCUCACCUGUUUAGUGUUUAAUCUACCCUCUCACCUUCGUAAUCACUUUUGUUUAACAAAGCUUUUUUUUUUUACACCAAAAAACCUAAUUUACUGAUCCUCGAUUGAGUUGAGAGGCUUCUCUUCUUCUUCUUCUUCCUCUUUACAAUCAUUUGCUGCAAAAUCUAUCCAAUCCCUUAAUCGUCUCUCGAUUUAAGAUUCUUCUCAGCACUCGUCUAGAUCGUUGAUUCUCCAGCUCGGUUUUGCGAUUCCCUUGAAGACAUAUGCUUGAUUGAAAAACAAACAAAAAAAACCAAAGCAGCUUUGAUUGUUCUACUUGUGUGUUCCUUCUAGAGGAUAAUACUAGUAUUUGGAAGCCUUUGCAGUGAAGAAACAUGGCACUUCGGCUACCAGCUUCUAAAGCAGCUGAAGUUGCGAUUGGAUCCAUUGGCUGCGGUUAUGAUCUAGCUAUUGAUGUGCGGUUGAAGUAUUGCAAAGGAGGCUCCAAAGAUUCUAGAUUGCUUGAUAUUAAUGAAGGUGAUGACAAUUGCGAGAUUGUUUUACCUGGUGGUAUCUCCAUCCCUAAUGUUUCUAAGUCUAUCAAAUGCGAUAAAGGCGAGCGUAUGCGCUUUAGGUCUGAUAUUCUUCCUUUCCAACAGAUGGCAGAGCAGUUCAACCAAGAGCUAUCUUUGGCUGGUAAAAUCCCCUCGGGUCUCUUCAAUGCAAUGUUUGAAUUCUCGAGCUGUUGGCAGAAAGAUGCAGCCUUUACCAAAAACCUCGCUUUUGAUGGGAUAUUCAUCUCAUUGUACACGGUUGCUUUGGACAAAUCUCAAAUGUUACUCCGUGAGCAUGUUAAGCAGGCUGUCCCAUCAACAUGGGACCCUGCUGCAUUGGCAAGGUUUAUAGAUAUUUAUGGGACGCAUAUAAUUGUUGGUGUUAAGAUGGGAGGUAAAGAUGUAAUUUAUGCGAAACAACAGCAUGCCUCAAAACUUCAACCUGAGGAUCUGCAGAAAAGGUUAAAAGAGGUGGCAGAUAAGAGGUUCGUGGAAGCUAGUGGAGUGCAUAAUAUGGCUUCAGACAAAACAAAUGCAACUAAUAAGGUGGAAACAAAGGAGCAACGCCUGAGAUUUGCAGAUACCAGUUCCUUGGGUUCUUAUACAAAUAAGGAGGAUAUUGUCUUCAUGUGCAAAAGGCGGGGUGGAAAUGAUAAUAGAACUCUAUUGCAUAAUGAAUGGCUACAAACAGUUCAGAUGGAGCCUGAUGUUAUCUCAAUGUCCUUUAUUCCAAUUACGUCUUUGCUUAAUGGAGUUCCCGGAAGUGGAUUCUUAAGCCAUGCCAUAAAUCUAUAUCUAAGAUAUAAGCCUCCCAUUGAAGAGCUACAUCAGUUUCUAGAGUUUCAGCUACCGAGGCAGUGGGCACCAGUGUUUAGUGAACUUCCUCUUGGUCCGCAACGGAAGCAACAAAGUUGUGCGUCUCUGCAAUUCAGUUUCUUCGGACCUAAGUUAUAUGUGAAUACUACUCCGGUUGAUGUUGGUAAGAGGCCAAUCACUGGCAUGCGGCUCUACCUAGAGGGUAGAAGAAGCAACCGUUUGGCAAUUCAUUUGCAGCACCUUUCUUCUCUUCCCAAGAUAUAUCAGCUCGAAGACGAUCCAAAUAGAAGUAUGCGACAAGAGUCUCAUUAUCGUCGAUACUUUGAGAAAGUAAACUGGAAGAACUACUCUCACGUCUGCACAGCACCCGUUGAAUCAGAAGAUGAUCUAUCAGUAGUAACAGGUGCGCAGCUCCAUGUAGAGAGUCAUGGGUUCAAGAAUGUGCUGUUCUUGCGCCUUUGUUUCUCAAGAGUUGUGGGAGCGACACUUGUAAAGAAUUCUGAAUGGGAUGAAGCGGUAGGCUUUGCUCCAAAGUCAGGACUCAUCUCAACGCUAAUAAGCCAUCACUUCACUGCAGCUCAGAAACCACCACCACGACCUGCAGAUGUGAAUAUAAACUCGGCUAUCUAUCCUGGCGGACCACCUGUACCCACUCAAGCACCCAAACUUUUGAAAUUUGUGGAUACAAGUGAGAUGACAAGAGGACCACAAGAAUCACCCGGGUAUUGGGUUGUAUCUGGUGCAAGGUUACUGGUGGAGAAAGGCAAGAUCUCAUUGAAGGUAAAGUAUUCACUGUUGACUGCGAUAUUGGAAGAUGAAGUGAUUGAGGAACCCUAUGAAAGUUGAGAGAAAAUGUGGUUACGAGGAUGGCAGAAAAUAGGAUGGGUGGUUUGUUUGUGUCUGUGUGUGUGUGUACAUUCUUCAGCCUUUGUCAUUUGUAAUGUAACGGUGUGUGGAGCCAAAUAUGUGAUAGGAAUGCAUGACUUGUACAUUUCCUAUCUUUGGACCAGAGGUUUUUGUUCGUGUGGAGAAGCCAACUACACACUGCACCUAAAUCCAGAAAGCAUGGGUUUAUAUAUUCCCCUCUUAAAAUCUAAUAUACACGAGGAGUUUGUGUUCAUGGAUUUGAAUAAUUCACAGGUUUUUGGUACAUAACAAAAAGACAACAAGAGUUUUGUUACACAUUACAUGUAAUAUAGCAAUUAGAGGGUACCAAGAUCUUUAUCGUUUUUCAGAAUUUUGUUUUUGUCUA